UCCCUCGGGUUUAUCCAAAACACAACUUUGAAUGGCUCACACGGAUCACGAAUGUUCGGGACACUUCAGUGCCCCAUCGGUUCAUCAGACACUCGAUGAAUUAGAAUUUGAGCGGGGAAUCUGGUCUGCCGCAUUAAAUGGAGAUCUGACAGAAGUAAAGCGACAUCUACUCAAGGAUAUAGACGCGGACAAAACAGACAAAUCGGGCUACACCGCUUUGCAUUAUGCCAGCAGGAACGGUCACUUGGACGUAGUUCGGACACUAGUGGACGCUGGUGCCCACGUGGAUGUGGCCACAAAGUCUGGACAGGCCACGCCCCUUCACCGAGCUGCGUACAUGGGUCACACUGACAUUGUCAAGUUCCUCUUGAGCCGCAGGGCUAACCCUGUGUCACGUGAUUUGGACGAAAUGACCCCACUGCACAAGGCAUCAGAACGAGGUCGGCACGAGUGCGUGACGAUCCUGCUGGAGGCGGCCUCGGUUGCCAGGACUGCACGUGAUUCCAGAGGACGCACGCCGUCAGAUUGCGCCACUGAUGAGGCCAUAAAACUCCUGCUUUCCUGACUCGUCACGUUGAAAUAUUCACACUUUUGCUGUAUCUACAUUCCGUAGGAAGUCCCAAUGACUGUCCACUCCAGAACAGUAUAUAGUAUGUACAAUGGAGACGCCGCCAGGCCAUACGAGGACUUUCUCCAACUUUAAGGACACCCCAACUGUUAAACUUUGACCUAGUGCUCUUAUCGUGGAAAAUAUCUGAAAACCUAUUCAAGACCUCUUUGCAGUAUGUGUAUAUACUGUGUGAGUCAGCAUUGAGUGAGGCAUGACGAGUGUAAUCUGCAGCUUCAGCCUGGCUCCAGUAGCUCUUUGAAAUUCUGCUUAAUUUCUCGGGGCCCUCAACGAGAAUUUUGUUAGUUAAAUAUGGUGCUCCGAAUAAGGAUAUGUAAUAUGUUUAUUGGUUUUUCUCAUCAAAGGAUUUUAUACAUUUUCUUCAAACUUUAACGAUUAUGAAAAUAUUUAGUUGUCAAUUUCACGCUAUUCUGUCAUGUGUCGACGCAGCCGUUGCCGAUCAUCACAUGUCUUUUUAAUCACACAAGCGCAACCCAAAUAUCUUCCGACAGAAUUUGAAACCAUUCACUGUUGCUUCGACAGCCUCCAUGGUCUAGUGGAUAGAGCGUCUAUUGUGAGGGCGGAAGGUCGGUCUUUUUAUCACUUGGCCGCGUUGUACCAAAAUAUGGUAAAAAAUUGUACUUCGUAUUACCCUGCCUGGCGUUCGGCAUUAGGGAAUUAAACAAAGACUGGUCAUCUUGGAGUCAGUUCCAUGUGUCUGAUGGGGCAUCCGUGUUAGGAAGAGGCGUGGUGUCUCAGUGGGCAAGUUCUAUAAAAAAAGGCAAAAGUCCGGACUAGUACACGCGGCUACACAUACAAGUGCAUGCACAUGCUAUAUAAGUGGAAUGACCUAGAACGUGAAGUUAAAUACUAUUUCAACCUCACCUCUGCGGUUGUUUCGUUGAACUCAGAAUCUCAUCAUCACAUCGUCAUAUGUACCAAACGUAAUGUUUGUUUAUUUAUGUACAUAUUUCAUCAGGGCGUCUCCUGGCCACCAAUAAUAAAGACACAUUAAUGCAUAUUAACCUUU